UGCUGUGGGUUUCUAUGUAUUGUACAAAUAUUUAUAAGUACUAGUGUGUGUCUUGACAAAUAUAUGCACGUAUGCAUUGCAUUUGGGAAGUUGGAAAGCAUCAUUUUUAGUUAUUCUUUGGGGCUGCAAUGAACUUCGAAUAUAAACAAAAGAUCUGUAUGUGUUAAAAAAAGAAUAACAUUUUCUAUUUUCAUCUCUGCCAUUAGCCAAGCAGCAGAACAUUUUUAAAAAAAUACACUCAAUUUUUUUAAUAGAACAACGUUUGGCAUUCAUGCGUUCAGCAUCCAAUGGUGUCAGUUGUGCGGAUAUCGGUUUUGAUGAGGUUAUCUGAUAUCAAUAUUUUGAAAUAUUGCCCAAAGAUUGCAAUAAAAUUGAAAAAAGAGAUUUGCUAUUAAAAUAUGAGCUCAUUUCAAGCAACACGCACAGACUUUAUUAUUAACGUGUGCACCAUUAAAUGGGAGCAGAUUCAGUCACUCGAAAAGUAACUAAUUGAAAUGUUUGAUUUUAGUACUGACUCUAUGAAAUGAUUAUAUUGAAGUAACAAUGAUCAUUUAUGCUUUUCAGCAAAUCAAUAGAAAUUGUGAAAAAUAAAAUACAUCGAAUGAGUAUUAAAGGCGCUAAGGAGUUAAUAACUGAGGAAUCAGUAAAUUCGACAGCGGAGUACAAACAUACCAAAGUGACUACUACAGCAACAAACGUGGAAGAAUUUAUAAUGCAAAAUGACAAUUCUCUAAACACUGCUAAAAUACAGGAUAUACCAAAAGAACUUGAAGUGUCACCGACGAUGUCAAUUACAAAUACUUCAACGAAGGAACCGAUUUAUGCAGUUGUGGAUCUUAAAAGUAAAUAUGCCCUGAGAAAAAUACGAAAUAGACAUGCUGAACUGAAGCGUUACAACAGCUAUGAUAGUAUUAUUCACGCAGCGACCGAUUUAUAUAAAAUGCAUAGAAAAGAGAAAUCAUCAAGUCUAAUUGAGGAUGACAUUGAUGGGAUUUAUGAAGAUGGUGAUAUGUUUUGUUCAAAGGCAAACAGAGACCAACCUACAUCAACUGUUGAGGAGGAAAACAUUUACGAACCGAUAAAUGUACCACCCCCACCUCUGCCACAUAUAUCAACACAUCGUAAAGCAAUCUGGAAAUAUUUUACACGGCUUAAAGUAAAUCUAAUACGAAUAAGAAAACGUGGCUCCGACUAUGAUAGUAUUAAGCUGUCAAAAAAAUCUCCGCCAAAAAAAGAACCCUCCAAUUCUCAUUUUUCCACAAUAAAACACAAAUUUGGUACUCACCGAAAAUCAAUGCAAGUGCACAUGAGAAAACUGUGCGCACGAGCAUAUGAGCCACGCCCAUUUUUUUCACAUAAUAAUACUAAUAAACAACAAAAUAAUAAUAUAACAAAUUCUGUAAGCAGUAAUAAUAAUGCUAAGCAACCUAAAAAAUACUAUUGGAAAUCGGUAAAAAUUAAACCCAAAAAAUUGUAUUGCUAUGGCGACGCCACCAAAGUACAAAAACAAAUUUUUGGUAGUUUACCGCAUAUACGAGAGCGAAAGGUGCACUCUUCGAUAUUAGAUGCGAACGUGACGCAACAAAUCGAGAGAAAUUGCAAUAGAUUUGAAAACAGAGCAGCUUUGUAGUUUGUAACGGA